AUGGCCCCCAAGAAGAACAAGUCCGAUGCCCAGUCGCUCGGUGCCAAGCUUGCCCUCGUCAUCAAGUCGGGUAAGGUUGUGCUUGGUUACCGCAGCACCCUGAAGUCGCUCCGCAGCGGCAAGGCCAAGUUGAUCCUCAUUGCGGCCAACACCCCUCCGCUCCGCAAGUCCGAGCUCGAGUACUACGCCAUGAUGUCCAAGACCGCCGUCCACCACUACACCGGCACUAACAUCGAGCUGGGCACCGCUUGCGGUAAGCUCUUCCGUUGCUCCACCAUGGCCAUCCUGGAUGCCGGUGACUCGGAUAUCCUCAGCGACCAGCAGUCGUAA